AUGGACAAGGAAGAGGAGGAGACUACACCGAGGACCUUUGAGGACAUGAUGCGGGUGCCAGUGCAGUUUUACAGGAGCAUUGGCGAGGAUAUCUACGCUCAUCGGUCGAAGAAUCCACUAAAAUCACUCCUUUUGAAGAUAUAUCUUUAUGCGGGAUUUAUCAAUUUCAAUUUAUUGGUGAUUGGUGAACUGGUGUUCUUCUACAAGUCCAUCCAGGACUUUGAUACCAUUCGUUUGGCCAUUGCCGUGGCACCUUGCAUUGGCUUCUCCCUGGUCUCUGACUUCAAGCAAUUCGCAAUGGCUUACCGCAAGCAGUUAUUGGUUCAGCUCCUGGACGAGCUGGAGGACAUGCAUCCGAAGAGUAUUCAGAAGCAAAAGGAAUACCAAAUGCCAGAUUUCGAGAAGACCAUGAAGCGAGUGAUCAAUAUCUUUACUUUUCUGUGUUUGGCCUAUACCACAACCUUUUCCUUCUACCCGGCCAUCAAGGCUACGGUGAAGUAUAAUUUCCUGGGCUACGAUACCUUUGAUAGGAAUUUUGGUUUCUUGAUUUGGUUUCCCUUCGAUGCUACUAGUAAUAAUCUUAUUUAUUGGAUUACUUACUGGGAUAUAGCUCAUGGUGCUUAUCUAGCUGGGAUAGCCUUUCUCUGUGCGGAUCUCCUCCUGGUGGUAGUCAUCACCCAAAUCUGCAUGCACUUUAAUUAUAUAUCUAUAAGACUCGAGAAUCAUCCUUGCAAUCCGGAAGAGGACAAGGAGAACAUCGAGUUUCUUGUGUGGAUCAUCAGAUAUCACGACAAGUGCUUGACUCUCUGUGAACAUGUCAACAGCUUGUAUAGCUUUUCUUUGCUCCUCAAUUUCCUGAUGGCUUCGAUGCAGAUCUGUUUCAUAGCCUUUCAGGUCACAGAGUCCACAGUGGAGGUAAUCAUUAUCUACUGCAUUUUCCUAAUGACCUCCAUGGUUCAGGUUUUUAUGGUCUGUUUCUAUGGAGACUCUUUGAUAGCAGCGAGUCUUAAAGUGGGCGAUGCAGCCUAUAAUCAGAAAUGGUUUCAGUGCAGUAAAACCUAUUGCCAUAUGCUAAAGCUACUGAUAAUGAGGAGCCAGAAGCCGGCUUCUAUAAGACCGCCGACUUUUCCGCCCAUAUCUUUGGUUACUUAUAUGAAGGUCAUCAGCAUGUCCUAUCAGUUCUUUGCCUUGCUAAGGACCACCUACAAAGAUGGCUAA